AACAGCAGCAAAACUUAGUAAAAAUUUCAUAAAUCAUCAUUUGAUGCAGUUGUGUGAGGCAGAGCAGUCAGCUGUUUUCCAACAGGCUGUGUUUGAUAAAUCCCGGAGCAUUGAGAGCGUCUCACUCAGCAGAACAGCAGAUGAACGCAGCGCUGCCGCAAUCAGACAAAUCCCCGCAUACACAUAACGCGCGCGUCUGCUGACUAUAGGCUCAACAUAUAUUUGUUUUAUACACCAGCUGGCCUUGCAGCAUUCGCGGAUGGUCUGGAAAUACUCGAACACCUGAUUUUGAAGCGAUUAAGUUAAAAGUGGAUUCGUCAUCUUUUCAAAAAGCGUUUGGGUUUCGCACGAUGGUUCUGCUGCAUCGCCGCCGGAGGAAAGAGGCGCUGGUUUGGCUUUUACCCGGUCUGCUUGGAGUCUGCAUGGCAUUUGGUCCAAGCAAAGCUGAGGAGGAAGAUUAUGAGGAUGUCCCCAUAAAUAAAACUUGGGUUUUAUCACCAAAGGUCUACGAGAGCGACGUCACCCUUAUCCUAAAUAAACUACUGCAGGGUUAUGACAACAAACUAAGACCAGAUAUCGGAGUGAAACCUACUGUGAUUGAGACGGCAGUGUAUGUGAACAGUAUUGGUCCUGUAGAUCCCAUCAAUAUGGAGUACACCAUAGACAUCUUCUUUGCUCAGACGUGGUACGACAGCAGACUCAAAUUCAACAGCUCAAUGAAACUCCUCAUGCUCAACAGCAACAUGGUUGGUAAAAUCUGGAUCCCCGACACAUUUUUCCGCAACUCGCGUAAAUCGGACGCCCACUGGAUCACGACACCCAAUCGUCUCUUGCGCCUCUGGAGCAAUGGGAGGGUGAUGUACACUCUAAGGUUGACUAUUAAUGCGGAAUGCUACCUUAAGCUGCAUAACUUUCCCAUGGACGAACAUUCGUGCCCACUGGAGUUUUCAAGCUAUGGAUAUCCAAGGAAUGAGAUCCAGUAUAGAUGGCAGCGUCGUUCUGUUGAGGUUGCAGACCAGCGGUAUUGGAGGCUUUACCAAUUUGCCUUUGUGGGCCUCCGAAACACUUCUGACGUGGCACACACUCAGUCUGGGGAUUAUGUGGUUAUGACAAUUUUCUUUGACCUGAGCCGGAGAAUGGGCUACUUCACCAUCCAGACCUACAUCCCCUGCAGUAUGAUCGUAGUUUUGUCCUGGGUCUCUUUUUGGAUUAAUAAGGAUGCCGUACCAGCCAGAACAUCAUUAGGUAUCACAACUGUGCUUACCAUGACAACUCUAAGCACCAUAUCUAGAAAGUCCCUGCCUAAGGUGUCAUAUGUGACGGCCAUGGAUCUGUUUGUGUCAGUUUGCUUCAUCUUUACCUUCGCUGCUCUUAUGGAGUAUGGAACUCUGCACUACUUCACAAGCAAUCGGCAGAACAAGAAGACCAAAUCCAGCCAUGCACAGAAACCCAGCAUGGUCAACAUCAGACCAGGGACAUCCCUACUGCAGAUGAACAAUAUUCCUCCCUACCACGAGGAUGACGAUUAUGCGUAUGAAUGUUUGGAUGGGAAAGACUGCACUACUUUCUUCUGCUGUUUUGACGAUUGUCGUACAGGAGCCUGGCGUGAGAACAGAAUGCACGUCCAUGUCUCCAAAAUCGACUCUUAUUCUCGAAUAUUCUUCCCGACCGCUUUUGGCCUCUUCAAUCUCGUCUAUUGGAUUGGGUAUCUGUAUCUUUAAAGAUGCUGGGCAAGUGGGACAGGGGGACUGUAGCUCAAAAAUUUGCAAAUCAUUUGUAAAUUCUCCAUCUGGCAACAUACGUCACCGAGACGGGGGUGUGUGAGUCUUGAGUUGGAUGUCCUAAUUUUUGAUGAGUCUUUAAUUGUGGAUGGGAUCAGGUUUACUGCAGUAUUACGAUUACCGUCUGAAUAUUACCAGCAAAUGAAUUGUGUGAAUUCAAUAAUGCGAGCCAUAUAACGAAGUCAACAUAUACAGUAAUCCAUAAACUAUGCCUACUAUAUAUAUAUUACAAUAAAUAUAAAGCAGCACUUUAAUGUAGCUACAAAAGAACAGGAAAUACUAAUAUUUGCAAAGAAAAAGGGUCUUGAUAGUAAUUUGAUAGUUAAUUAACAUAUAUACAUACACAUAUCUUAUGUCAGAAAACAAAUAUUUGCAUUGUUUUAAUCUUUCAGAAGGUUUUAUUUUGAUCCUACAAUAACUACAUGUAUUUGUGAAUUAUCUGUAUUCAGUUCAGAACCAAACAAGCCAAAGCAUAGCUGUCUGGACAUUGAAUAGAUCCAUUAUACAUGAAUCGACUUUUGCUAAAGAAUAACCCAGAAGCCAUUUACUUGGAUUUAGCCUAUAAUAAUACUGUGAAAACGUUCUUGACUUGAACUCAUAAGCCGUCUCCGCAAUAGCUCACAUAAAGAGAUGCCAACGUGCCCGAAGUAAAAGGGUUUCAAAUGAGCAUGUAUACAUUUUUAUACAUAAAAUAGGAAUAGAAUAGCCUUUAAAAUUGAUAACUGUUCUGUGUCUAUCAAAGUUAGCGAUAACUUUCCUCAGUGUUCAAACAGCAUUUUCUCUCUCUUCGCGAAUGGCUAGAUUUCCGUGAGCUUCGCCUUAGCAUAAAUGCAUGACUCAUCUGAGCUCCUACGGCUAAUCAAUCCCUAUAUAUAUACGGAGACCGGUUUGAUGGGCAGAAAAUGAGGCUUUGUGGACAGAUCCAUCACUUACAGAAGUGUACAUAAGGAAAUAUAACAUGCAAAAUGAUCUUGCCACAAACCAUAGAUGCCUUCUCUACAGCACAGCACUAAUCGAAAUUCAUGAGGCAAUUUAUUCUGUUUGUGUUUAACGUGUGGAAAAUUAGCUGAAGUAUCUGAUAUCAAAGCCCUAUUUAAAUAGCAGGAACAGAUUAAUAAAAAAACUUCAGUAGCUUUGUGUGCAGGCGAAAGUGAGAAGGUCUUCUUGACUUUGCUCUCCAACAUCUGUGAAUUAAAUGUGCAAGUGUUUCUCCUGUUGAGCUCUCAGCUGUUGCUUGUUUGUUUUGUUAAAAUGCUUACAUGUGGUGUGUUUUUUGUUGGAUGGUAUAUUAGGCUUACAAGCCAUUAACAUAGACUGAUUUGUUGUCUCUCUCUUUGAACAUCUGUUAAGUAGUAAAACUGUUUAUAAAGCUACGUGCACACCACCAGUGAGUAGCAACGGGAGAUCGGCACGAUAUUGCCGAUUUCUGGCGACACGGGUGACAGUCAUCGUUGGCGGAAGUGGCCGUGUCCAGCGACUUGACUCGAAGUUAAAAAAAGUUCAACUUUAUGCAAAUGAUAAGUGACUAUCAAAGGGAAUGAAGCCGUGGAGUUCAAAUCAUCCAUCUUUUAUCAGUUAAUGUAGUGGACAGUGUACAAUUUUGAACGCCUCCUACAGAUGGUUUUAUCGAGCGCACAAGCAUUGUUACGUUUAUGCGCCCGGCCCGAAGUUAACUUCCGGUCUGUGUUUGUCUAUCUUGAACAAACACCUUGACGAAAAUAAAAAUGUUUCAGUUUCCAAAAGAUGAGGGAAGAUGAGUCGUUUGUUUAUGUUCUUACCGUUUAUUGACCUCAAUGAAAGAGACACACAAUGACAAAGUCGCUGGCGGUGUGAACGCAGCUUAACUCUGUGUUGUGUCCUGUAUAGUUGAAUAUAUCUGAAUACUAUGCUCAUUAAAGCUUCAUGGUUUUUAAGCUCAUGCAACAAAGCCAGACAAUAGUAGCAACAAUAAAAUACAGAGAAAUAAAAUCUGAUUAUAUUUUUGUAUAUAGAUUGGUACAACAAGAAAAUAUAUUAAACACAAUCUAUUUUGGACCAUUCUUUUCAUAUUCAGUAAUACAAAGCAGUGCCGUUCAUGUAUUAGUGCCCUCUUAAAAACUGCUGGAUUGUUUGGGUCUGGGUCAAAAAGGGAGAAAACCAACCGUUGGGUUAAAAAUAACCUAGAAAAGAUCCAUAUUAGUCUCGAACACAGGUUAAAACAACUCAGCAUGGCUUAACCCAACCAUUGAAAACAACCCAGCAAUCUUUCGUGGUGAGUGUGUGCAUGUGUGUCUGCAUUCAAAGCAGACUCUGUAUAUUUCUUAUUUUCAUCUUUGCAUGUAUAAGGGUGAUUCUCACGAAAACUUGGUUUUAAAAAUGUCAAACAUGAAAAUUUAAAAAUUGCUUAAAUUUACUUUUUUUCGACACCAGACAUUAGAAACAAAGUCUGGAGAAUAUGGGAACAUUAAUUUAAAAACUUUUACUUAUCAUUUAACACUUUUUGUAACAUAAUUUCGAAAAUAAGUCCUAAAAAAUCUCAUUACCGCAACAGUAGUUCUCUGUACUGCAACUGCUAUUAAAUG